GCCACCACAGCGAAACCUCGAAGAACACGUGACAGUAAGAAAUGAACGAAGAACAACUCCAACAAUCGGUAGCAGAAGAACAAAAUCACAAUCUCUGACUUUUUGAGUAAUUUACCUCAUACUAAUUUUCCAACUGCCACACAUGGAUGUUACCGCAUCACAAACAGAUUUGGUUUCUCUCGAAAACCGACCCGGAAUCUUCAUCAUCGGAUCCUCCACCGUCGGCAAACGCACCCUCCUUUCCCGAUUGCUAUCUGUUGAUUCUAAAGAUGCAUUUGAUUCGGCUUCUGAAGUAAAUAUUCAUGGGUGGACUAUUAACACUAAAUACUAUACUGCUGAUGUUGUUGUUUGGAUGGCUCAUCUUCGUGACGGAUUUUCUGUCGAGAAUGUUCCCGGGUUUGAUCAAAUGACUACUUUGGUGAUGGUCUUUGACAUGAAUGAUUUAUCUUCGCUAACUGCACUUCAAGGUUGGGUCUCACAUACUGAUAUUCAAAACUUUGAGAUAUUAUUAUGUAUUGGAAACAAAGUAGAUUUGGUUCCAGAUCAUCCUGUCCAUGUUGAACAUAGAAGACGGUUGCUGAAACUCAAAGACUCUUCUGCGAAUGAAUUCUCCGAGUAUGGAAUAUCUGAAUCUGAAGGAACUAGUUUGUUAGGGAGUGAAGAACCGUCUUGGGACAUCAGAAAUUCAUGUUUGGAAUGGUGUGCUGAGCAUAAUAUUGAGUUCAUCGAAGCUUGUGCUUCCAAUGCCGAUUUUGACAAAUGCUUAUUUGUAGACGGUGAUUUACAAGGAGUUGAACGCCUCUAUGGGGCACUUUCCGCGCAUAUGUGGCCUGGGAUGGUACUGAAAUCUGGUGAAAGGAUAAGCCAACCAUCAUUUCCAUAGAUAGAAGAGAUAUCUUCGGAAGAAUCUGACUAUGAACAAGAGUAUGAAGUUCUAUCCGAUGGUUUAGAGGAUGCUUGGGACGAAACUGAACAAGGAUGGAUUUUUGCAACUUCCUUAGAUGCAGGGGAAUCAUCAGUUCCUCAAAACAAUCCCAA